AUGGACCCUGCGGAGAGCACCGAGCGCGCGCACAGCCCAGCGCGCCCACCCCCGCGCAGCCUCUGCCCGCCGCCGCCUGAGCAGCCUGGGUACCUAUCAGCCCGGAUCCAUCCCCGCACCCUCGUCCCAUGCCCGCCGCCCUUGGAGCCAGAGGACCGCCUGCCCCCGGCUCAUCCCCACGCACCCUCCACCUCAGCCCUCGCCCUGUGCCCGCUGCCCUUGCCCGUGCCCAGUGUCCGUGCUCCGUUCUAGUUGUGUGCCGUGGCAAGGCUCACGUUCUUUAUGCGCGGCUUGCGCUUGCCAUCCUGCAGGUCCGAGGACUUCUGGAGACCUUGGCUUCGAACCCCUGGCGAGAAAGAGGAGCGAGAGGAGCACCAGGCUGCAGAGGCGUUGCCCAGUGGCCCUGGAGUGACUGAAGCCUCAGGGAAGCUUUCUCAAUACAGACACCCUGUCAGACUGUUCUGGCCCAAGUCCAAGUGUUAUGAUUACUUAUAUCAAGAAGCAGAAACUCUUCUGAAAAAUUUCCCAAUUCAAGCUACGAUUUCAUUUUAUGAAGAUUCUGAUAGUGAAGAUGAAAUUGAGGGAUUGCCCUGUGAAAAUCAAUCUAAUUAG